AUGCUAGUCAGAGACGGCCCAAUUCCUUCGCCCUUUCCCAAAGCAGCAGCCUACACACACGGUAGGCGCGUCUUAGAUUACUGGCUGGAGGCGCGUUUCAUUGACCUUUCUUCCCAAUCCACCCUUUUCACUCUUUUGCAUCACUUUCGUCACGAACCACUGGCAACCGACACCACCACGAUCAUGGCUGCCUCCGACGAACUGAUUAACUUCGAUGUUAUUGAGAGCCAGAAGGAGAACAUCCAGUCUCUUCCUGGCGGCCGGUCAGCCCGAAAGCUGGCCGAGCUCUACUCCCCGCAGUCUGUGGGCGUCCAGGGCGACAAACUGGCCCCGAUCUUGACGCCGACACCAAACCCGGGCGACACGAAGACACUGCACGACACGAUCCGUGCCGAUUUUGAGGCUGAGCUGGCCGUUGCCGCCGAGUCUGACGACCCCCUGGACGCGUACGACCGCUACGUUCGCUGGACUCUGGACGCCUACCCGUCUGCCCAAGCAACUCCGCAAUCCCAGCUGCACCUCCUGCUCGAGCGUGCCACCAAGGCCUUUGUUGGUGCCGCCCAGUACCGAAAUGACCCGCGGUACCUGCGUCUCUGGCUGCACUACAUCCACUUCUUCUCCGACGCCCCUCACGAGACCUACGUCUACCUGUCGCGGCACAACAUUGGCGAGAACCUCGCCCUGUUUUACGAAGAGUACGCCGCCUGGCUCGAGGGAGCCACACGCUGGGCCCAGGCCGACGAGGUUUACCGGCUGGGAAUCGAGCGCAAUGCACGGCCGCAGGCGCGCUUGAUGCGCAAAUACCAAGAGUUUGAGCAGCGCCGCGCGACCCAGGCACCGGAGUCCCUCAACCCCGACGCACCACCAUCUCCGGCCCUGCCGACAGUGCGUCCGGUUCUGGCUGCCAAGGUCGACCCGUUCGCCAGCGCCGUCGCCGCGUUGAACGAUCCGCAAGCAGCACAACGUCUGCAGGAGCAGCAGAGGCAACAGCAAGCGAGCAGCCAGGCUGCACGCGGUUCCAAGCCAAAGAUGGCCAUUUUCUCCGACGCCAAUGCGUCCGCAGCAGCCCCAGCCCUCGGGGUAUCGGGUGCUACGACCAAAGGUUGGGAGAGCAUUGGGUCGCUGGCCGAGCGCAAGAAGGAGAACGUGGUGGCAGCAAAGCCGUGGGCCGGCGAGACGCUGAGUGCAGGCGGCAAAAAGCCAAAAUCAAAGAUGGCGGUGUUUAAGGACGCGGUAACAGUAAACCCGGCGAGCGGGAAGAAAGAGCGCGUCUUUGUCGAUUUGCGCGCCGUCUAUCCAACGCCAGAAGAGCCCGGGACGGAGCUCAGCUUUGAGGAGAUUUGGGCGGCCAAUCGCGGCUUGCAGCAUCGAUCGUGGGAUGAAGUUGCCCCUGCAAAAGAAGACCAGGAUCUUCUUUUCUCGCCAGUCGGUCAUCGCCAGAUGGAUGUGUUGGCGGACACAGUUGCGACGAAGCUUGUCGUUCAUCGAGAUGUCGUCCGGCUUGACGAGAACGGUGCGAUGAUCAAGAACCACGACCAGAAUAACCGGCCAAGGAAAAAGAAGGUGGUGGAGGCAAACGUGACACAGAUCAUCAAAGCAAACUUGGACUCCCCCUCGAAGCCUCGUAUGAAGAAGAAGAGCUCUGCCACAUCCGAGCCAACAAUGACGAUGCACACAAGAGCGGCAACAGACGACAUUUACGAAAUAUUCAACCAGCCUAAAAAGCAAGGGAUUGAGGAAGUGGACGAAAACCGGUCUUCCGACGAUGAUUACGAAACGGACGGCGAUUAUACGAGCGGUGCAGAGAGCACGGGCACGGCUAGGCACACGUCAAUGAGCGAUGCGGGUGAUGGAGAGAACGACGACGAGGGUGAUAACGAGAAGGCGGACAGCGCGGAUGUGGAUGCAAGUGCUGUCGACGGCGACGAGGCAGGAAAUGUGAGCGGUUGGUCUGACUUUGCGGUACCCAAGGACAUCUCCAGCCUUCAAGAUACGACCACCGCAGACCAGACUCCGUCCACCACGACGGCCGGCGACACCGAUGACGUCGGCAACAGCAGUGACAGGGACGAGCCUGACGAGGAAUUUAGCCCUCUUCCUAUCCGCGGUUUCUCACACCCUGUCGGUGGCGACGCGAACGACGAAAAUGCUGUUCCAUCUUUGCCCUCUUCGCCGCUCCGCCCAGCUGCUGAAGAUAAGGUAGUAGUACCGGAGCCGCCACGGACUAGGACUGUAUUUAUCCCUAUCCCGCCGGAAGACUAUGUUGCACCCACACGGCCCUAUAGGGAUCCAGCCGAGGUGGCCAACAAUCGUUUGCCGUUCAUGACGCCCAUUACGGAACGGACGGAGUCGUCGCUCGAAUUCGAUUCGGAGGACAAUAAGCGGGCUUUGCAUGCGAAGACGCCGAGCAAGGCUAUGGGCAGACGGUCUCUUCACCUAUCAAGCCCGAACGAAGAAGACGACGAAGUAGAGGAAGACGACGACGAUGAAGAUGUCGAGGUCGAUGAGGAGGGUGAAGAGGAGAAGACCAGCAGCGGGAUCAUUCCGCCUGAGCCUUUGAGCAGUCCACUUAUCGACAUUGUCGACGACGACGACGACCUGCCCCAGCCUCCGCCCUUAAAACUCGCCCAGCCAGUCUUCCAAAAGGUCGCCGUCGCCCCAGUGGUGGACAGUGCAGCAGCUUCCCGCACCGUUCCUGCCAAGGGACCGAUCAUCAAAGAGACCCAAUGCAACCCCGUCGACGAGGGCAUCCGAGCAGAGAUUCUGGCCAACAUUCAACCGCCACUCGGCUCGUAUAGUGGAUUCUACGACCAUCGUGACGAGAAGUGCGACAAGGGCGCUGAAGUCCGGCGAUACGCCAAGGCCGUUUCGGGCAAAUACAAGUCGGGUGGCAGUGGUGUAAGCGGUGGUAGCGGCAGUGGGUCGGAUCGGUCUAGCGGUGCCGGUGUCCCGGUGGUGAUUCAAUUUGCCGACUGCCCGUCGAAGUACACAGUUCGCCGCGAGAUCGGCGCUGGUGCUUUUGCGCCUGUGUACUUGGUGGAGAACAUGGAUCCCGACGGCGUGAAGAAUGCCAACGAUGGUGAGCAGCAGGCUGUAGCACAAAUGGGACGCGGCGCCUUUGCUAGCGCACACUCCCGUCGGUACGCGCAUGAGGCACUCAAAAUGGAGACACCGCCGACAACGUGGGAAUUUCACAUGAUGCGGCUUGCCCACACACGGCUCGGGCCGCAGCACCGUGCGACAGCGUCUUUAGCGCCCGCUCUUGAAUGCCAUUUAUACCGAGACGAAACAUUUUUGUUUCUCCCAUUCUACCCGCACGGCACUCUGCUGGACGUUGUCAACCUGUUCCGCGGCGAGUCUUCUGGUGUGAUGGACGAGACUCUGGCAAUGUUCUUUGCCAUUGAGCUCUUCCGUACAGUUGAGUCACUUCAUAGCAAGAACAUUCUGCACGGAGACAUCAAAGCCGACAACUGCCUGCUGCGGCUGGAGGAUCCCCUCAGUACGCCAUCCCUUGGCAGUAGCACCAGCUCCAGUUCCAGCAACAGCCGCAUCGUGGACGGCAGCGAGCAGUUGUCGAGCCAGUGGCAAGCUGACGGCACGGGCGGCUGGGCUGCACGUGGCAUGACGCUGAUCGACUUUGGCCGAGCCAUUGAUAUGCGCGCGUUCCCGGCGGACGUCAAAUUUGUAGCCGACUGGAAGACGACGGCCCAAGAUUGCGCUGAGAUGCGGGAGGGUCGCCCCUGGACGUGGCAGAUUGACUACCAUGGCCUGGCGGGUACACUGCACUGCCUUCUGUUCGGCAAGUACAUGGAGACGGUGCGGUGCGACCAAGGCAUGAGCGCUGCGUUCCCAGCUGACGCCGCGCUGGGUGCAGGCGGACCGGGGGCCGCAUUGCUAGAGCGUGGCCCCGUCAAGCGCUACCGCAUCCGCGAGACGCUCAAGCGCUACUGGCAAACCGACAUCUGGACGGAGGCCUUUGAGUUGCUGCUCAACCCGGCAGGCUUUGCUGCGGCCGAGGAGGGCGGCAAGAUGCCAGUGCUCCGGUCGAUGCGUCAGGUCCGCGAGCGCAUGGAGACGUGGUUGGCGGCCAACAGCGAGCGCGGUGUUGGGCUGAAGAGCCUGAUGAUCAAGGUCGAGCACUGGGCACGGACAAGGAAGUAG